GACUAGCACACUGGUCCCGUUUAUGUAAUGAUUUGCUGGAUUUAACUGCAAUCUUCUGCAGAACAACCCGACAUCGUGGUCUACACUACUAUAACGCAAUACCUAUUUGUAAGGACGCCUUCUGUACGGGCGCUGACGCUAAUAUUUUACUGUCAUUUAUAGUCAUGCGGGCCCUAUUUGACCACGGGGAUGACCAACCAUACACGCGCUCUGGUUAACACAGUGCACCGUCUGCAUCAUAUCUGAUUCCAAAAGAUUUCGGGGACAGGACUCCACGACAGGUUGUAUCUCAUGUUAACAACUGGACUGCGAAAAAUUGGAAUUUUCUCCAGAGCAGUGACCAUACGUCCGUACACGAUUUAGACAGAUUAUCAUUCGAUGUUCAGUGGUGCGAUUCCCAAGCUUCCCUAUGGAUGAGCCCUGAAACCUCAGGUGAUCUUUUUGGGGAUGUGUGGAGAUGAUAUGGAUGGCUCUCAUGGCCAGACCACAGUACCAACUCUCUCCUCCCUGUAUGUCCAGCUGCAGCAAGUCUCCCGCAAUGGCUGCAGAAGGGACAGGCUCUAACUCGAUGGCAUGGGCAAAGCUCUUCAAGAAGUCUGGUGGUCUUGGGAAGUCCUACCAGCCUGGGAGCAUGCUGUCUCUUGCCCUCACCAAGGGCUUGCUCAAUGAACCAGGCCAGAACAGCUGCUUCCUCAACAGCGCUGUUCAGGUCCUCUGGCAGUUGGACAUUUUCCGGAGGAGUUUGAGGCAGCUUCCUGGUCACUUUUGUCUGGGCGAUGCCUGCAUUUUCUGUGCUUUAAAGAGUAUAUUUAGCCAGUUUCAGCAGAGCCGGGAGCGAGCGCUGCCCUCUGACACACUCCGACACGCUCUGGCAGAGACCUUUAAGGACGAGCAGCGCUUCCAACUGGGCCUCAUGGACGACGCUGCUGAAUGUUUUGAGAACAUUCUAGAGCGGAUUCACCAGCACAUCGUGUCAGACACGGCCACGGAGGCCUGCACAUCCAGGUCUUGUAUCACUCAUCAAAAGUUUGCCAUGACGCUGUAUGAACAGUUUGUGUGCCGGAGCUGUGGGGCAUCUUCAGACCCCCUGCCCUUCACAGAGUUGGUACACUACGUUUCUACUACUGCUCUAUGCCAACAGGUGGAGCGAGUGUUGGGAAAGAACGACCGGCUCAGGACAGACAUGUUUGGGGAGUUGCUGCAGGCAGCAAACACCAUCGGGGACCUCCGCAGCUGCCCGAGCAACUGUGGGCAGAGCAUCAAGAUUCGCCGCGUUCUCAUGAACUGCCCGGAGAUAGUCACCAUUGGCUUUGUGUGGGACGCGGAACAGUCCGACCUGACGGAGGACGUGGUCAGGUCGCUGGGUCCUUGCCUCAAGCUCUCUGGGCUUUUUAACCGGGUGACUGAUGAGAAUGCCAAAAAGAGUGAGCUACACCUGGUGGGAAUGAUAUGUUACUCCAGCAAACAUUACUCUGCGUUUGCUUACCACACCAAGUCCUCCAAAUGGAUCUUCUUUGACGAUGCCACGGUGAAGGAGAUUGGUUCCAAGUGGAAGGACGUGGCCUCGAAGUGUAUCCGGGGACAUUUCCAGCCCCUCCUCCUGUUCUAUGCCAACCCAGAGGGGAGUCCUGUCUCAAGCGAGGACGCACCCCGUCAGACCACCAUCUGCUCCCGUUACAAAGCCCGGGUCAAUGGGGAGGUCAAAGUAGGGUCAAAGAAGAUGGAUGCAGCCAGAGAGAAUGCAGGGCCGCUUCGCUCCAACCAAGGGACCCACAACCACCAGCUACUACCUUCCACCUCAGGAGUCAACAGAGUAAAAGGCCCUCUGGGCAGUCCGAACAGCUACCGGGAGCCUUUCAGAGAGAAUUCCCAGAGAGUGGUCGGUGGGUCUAAAAAGGAGAGUGAACGAGGGCAUAGAAGAGAAGAGCCGACCCCACCCAAAGACAUGGCGUAUGCUAGGUCCUCGUCGUCUCCAGAGAGCGGGCCAAGGCAGCACGCCGACCAGCGGCACAAGGGAAGCUCCCGCUUGGAGAAGUCUCCGUGUCACGCCAGCAGGGAAUCUAAGGAGCCACGCUCGCAGUCCGGCGCCCCCAGCUGCCACGACCAGGACGGCGGGCAGGAAUCCUGGGAAAAAGGCGGGAGCUUGGGCCGCAGCAAACCCAAACCGUCCUGGAGACCGGUCCGGGAGGUGCUGAACGUCGACAGUGUGCUGAGUGAACUCGAACGGCGACAACAACAGCAGCAGCAACAACAACAACAACAGCAACAACAACAACAGCUACAACAACAUAGCAGCCCCCGGCGCAGCAAGUCCUCUGGCCAGGAAAGGGGGCACGCGGAACAAGACCGGGAGCGAGAGAGGGAGCGGGCGAGGAACAGGGAGGAGCGGAAGCAGAAAUGCCUGAUGACCAUCUACGAGGACGAGCAGCGUCUGGAGACGGAGAGCCACAGCUCGCUGGAGUCUGAGAGCCGGGGCCGGGACAGCCAGGGGCCCGGGAGAGCCCGGCCCAAGGGGCUGCUGCGCAGUGACACCUGGACCAUCCAGAGGACCGAGUCAGGCUAUGAGAGCAGCGACCGGCUGAGCAGCGGCUCCACCAACCCAGACUCCCCCGGCAUGGACGGCUUCACGGGGAAGGAGCAGAGGUUAACUCCGGAAGUGCCGGCGCAGAGCAAGGGUCAACUCCACCCAAAUAGAGCGGAGUCAAAACCAGGCAAACAUCCUCUCAAAUCUCAGGGAAAGAACUGUGAUCACCAGGCUUCCCAUUCACAUCUCCUGAAAUGCAGUCCAAGUUCACGACGGAAACUGAGAUCCAGUCAGAGCAGCUCCAGGAAGGGAUGUGCUACAGAGAGAGACUCCGCCCCAAUGGACGCCCGUUGCAUCCAGCCUGACCAGUCAGAGGCGAUCGUCCGAGGCCACCAUGCCGACAGUCCCGCCCUCCGGCGCCUGGGGAAAACCAGUAGCUCAGAGUGGAACAGCUCCGACGACCUCGCCGGGAAUCUAUCGGAGCCGGAGGACAGGGAUAGCGCCUACCGCUCCAGCAACAGCGAAACCGUCUCCUCCGAGGCCCCCUGUGGCCGCUUGGCCCUCCCCCUGCCCUCACACCCUGGUGCUGACCCGGGAGAACCCUCUCAACCGACCAGUCAUCGCCCGCUGAUCACUGCCGCAGCGCCGCCACCGUCCCACUUCAAACCCAGCCAACGAGGCCCUCUGCACGCGGGAGAGACCAACCGCCACUGCUUUAGACCCCGUCUGCUCCAGGAGCCGUCCCAGACCAGCCCGCGACCCAGCGUCCGACCCUCCGCCGCCCACGCCAGCCCCCACCGCCGGCCCGACCCCGGAGGUCAGAGGCCGUCCUCAGACGCCAGCGGCUCCAAGUCAUGCUCUGACCCGGAAAGGAGUAACCAGUCAUCGGGUGAGAGCGAGGAAAGGGCCCCAGGCAGUGGUAGGCCCAGAGCUGGGGGCGUUGACCAGGUGACUCAGGCCCAGGAGGUUUCCCUGACCACGUACUUCAGUGUGGAUAACUGUAUGACAGACACCUAUAGACUCAAGUACCACCACCAGCGGCCCCUGCUCCUCUCCGCCACCAUGCCCCGGCAGGGGGUCCCGGCCAUGGAGCACAGAGACCCUGGCCACACCCUUUCCAUGGACACACACUCCUCACUAGACACGCCUAAAAGCAGGCCUGAUACAAGCCAUAGUAGCAAUAAGCCCACAGCAAAGUGGAAUCCAGUGUCUGCCAAAGGACUGGAUGAGCGAGGUUAUUUGUGAUGGUAUUAACUGGUGAGUACCAUAUAGACUAGAUGUAUACUCUACAACACUGUCUCUGUUCUCACAGGAACCUUUAUGAUCGUUUGGCUUACGUACCACAUCCUUCUAUGCAUACUAGAGCUCAACUUGCUCGAUACUUGUCAAUGCAAGCGAUGGAACUCCAUCAUUAAAACGCAUCAUCGGUACUCUCGUAAAUUGUAGUAUGUAUUCAGUGAACAGCAUAAUCGGUUGUCCUGUCCAUACAUGGAAGGUUUGUGAUCUGGGGGAAACUUGAACAGGAUGUAGUCUACAGCACUUUUAAAAACACUUUUGGAAUAUGCUCAAGUUGGUUGGUUAGCCCGGAUGCUGUUUCCCAAUGCUUUUAGAUACAUUUUUGGCAUGUUCAUGCCUUUUUGGACAGUGAAAGGAUGACAUAAAUAGUAAAGGCAGGGUGAGAGAGGGGAUGGCAUGCAGAGAAUGGCCCGGGCCGGAUUUGAACCGGGAUGGCAUUUAACUGGUGAGCCACCAGUUUCUUAAUAUUUAUCCCAAAAUGUAAAAUUUUUGCAGAAUUCGUAGUUGUCUUCUGCAAGUUGUCUAAAGAAAGCACUGCGUCAGUGCACCAAAUUUGUCCAACAAGUAGACAACUAUGAUGGUUUUUGCAAAUUUGCAUGAGUACUUCCAAAAUGUAAUACUAGUUACUUUUGUUGUGUGUAGUAUUAGCAUGAGCAUGGGAUAUCUGACAUUGUUUCCUAGCAACCACCACGUUCAAAUGUUUUCCCAAUCAGAGUUAGUACAAAGACAUGCACAACUUCUUGGGCCAGUCAAUAAAUACUCCUAUUUCUGAACUUUGAUAAGAAUGUGUUGGUCUUUUAAGUCUCAAAGUAUCUGUGCCACAUUUACCAUUCCAGGCAACUCACCCAAAACCAGUUACACGAUAUUCUAGAUGUUUUUUCAUGGUAUUUUACUGAUGUAACCUUGUGACUAGACAAGACAGAACACACAUACUGCUGACCUUCAUUCUGCAUGUACCUCCAUAGACCAUGUUUGGCUGUACAAUAUUUAGCAUCGCUCCUGUCGUGUCCCUCCUGUAGAACGAGGGCUGUGCUGCUGCUUCACCUGUAGAUGGCCCUGUGUCCAUAUAUUUAGCCCUCUGUCAUUAGGAAAUGACUGGGAAAUAUCUACGUCUCAGAUUAGUCAAGCAUAGUAAAAUGGCUGUGACCAUUUAGGCAGGUGCGAAAGACGAAAGAAUAUUAGACAAUAAAUUACAAUAACUAGUCUGGUUAAGUGUAAACAAGCUAAAAAUGGUAUACUCUAACCUUAAAACUAGUCUGGCUCACUGGUGUUGAAUGCCGAGGUGGUAAAACGAAAGACUUGGAAGUUGAAGAAACACUCCAAAACCAUAUUUAUUCUAGUUACAGAACAUAAUUUGUAACACUAGCUGUAGUGGAAGAUGACUCGUGUACAAACGUGUACAGGAUCCAAUCUAAGGUUGUUUCCAUGUGCCCCUCUCUAAACGGACGCAACAUGUUUCAAAAACUUGCAAUCCAUGUAGGCUCCUCUACAGCAUUGAUACAUUUCCUCCAAAACAUCAAACUAAUCUAACCCAUAACAAGGUCAUCUUUCUGUUAGUAGUGCGCAACAUGUAUAAUAAAGUGCAAAGACAUUCUUUUUCUUUUCUUUUUUUUGAUCGAAAACAGUCUGAGCUUCCGACUUCAGUUCAUGGGGUUGCUGGUGUGGUUCAGCUGUUGUGAUGCCGAUCAUCACCCGUCACAUGCUGCCUGGGCUUCACUCUAGAACACUUCGCUUUUUUUUUAUUAGCUUCAUUUUCCAUGUAUUAUACUGUCAAGUACAUGUUUCUGUAAAUGUUUGAAAAAGAAUGCAAAUGUUUCCACUGGCUUUAUAAUUUAGAAUGUAAUUUGUACAUACAGUAUAUACUGUAUAUAUCUAUAAAUUGUUUUAACAGGAGUGCCUUUGCAUCUUUACCAUGACAGAAUUGAACUGGAUUGACUGCACUCUAAUAGAACAACAACUGGGGGUCUUGCGCUUUAAUAAGGUUGACCUGACACCAUUGUCGUUUACGAUAUUCCGUGUGAGUGUGUGUGUGUGGGUGCGCACAGCAGUGUUGCCACUGAGUUUGAGAACACUUGGCGGUCGGCUGUCAAUGACAUCGUCCGUCUUGUGUCCACUUUAGAAUGAGAUCAGUGUGUCCUGAAAGUCAUCGCUUUUAUAUUACAGCUUUAAUUAGAUAUGUCAGAGGAUUGUAAAGCAUCUGGCCAAACCUUACGCCCCACACUAAAAUACAAUUAAAUAAUUUUAUACAUUAGCUAGCAUCUAUGUACAAUUAGUAAAGGUAAUGCCCCAUAAAGCCUCAAUGUUGUUGAUCAUUUACAGUGGGGAUCUAUAGGAGAGAAACAUGUACAGUGACUAACUGUGUAACACUUUAUAUUUUUGGAGAUGCCUAUAUAUUUAUUUCUAUUUAUUGUUUUAAUAAACUGUACAUGCUAUCACCAAAUAAUCCUGUUUUGUGUAUCUCUUGACUUUUACACUUGGAUAGUUUUUCUUGCAGAGUACUUGGUCAACUGCAUACAGAGGGGGUUACAGUUAUUGAUUUUGUAAUGAUUAUGGCAUUUGUGAAUAGAUUUUGUGACAGCAAAGAAAUGGACUCAACACCUGACAAUGGGUUUACUGUUUUAAAAAUGUAAUAUAAAAAAGGUGCGUUUUUCCUUCAAAACGUGUACAGAUGUUCAAGUUGGUUAAUGAAAGGAAAUCUGGUCUGAUGUUGUCUGCGACUGUGGAUAGCGAUGUGAAACAUGCUUAAAAUCCUUGUUCAGCCAUCUGUAUUGAAACAUUUGACAAAUUGUACAGUAUCUUGACACAUCCGUCCAUGCUGACUCUUGACCUCUAG